CAGACGUGGAGGAAUCAUUCGGAAGUUGCUAGUUCGAAGCGAGUAAUGCUGGACCAUCUGUUCGCCGUUCUUCACUUCAGCAGCGAGGAAGAGGAGCGGAGAAGGCUGAUGGGCACGACGGGUGCUGUGGCCCAAGGACGAGGUCGAGCACGCAAAAACACCGUCAAUGCCUCUUCGGGCACUUUAACGCCUGGUANCACGACGGGUGCUGUGGCCCAAGGACGAGGUCGAGCACGCAAAAACACCGUCAAUGCCUCUUCGGGCACUUUAACGCCUGCUCGAGCCACGUCCCCGCUAAGCGUUGACCAGGGCAGCGAACAGAGUGGAGCGUUUAGCCCGUCAUUGUCGUCACCGCCUCCAACACCUCAGUCCAUGGACGCCAUUGCUGCCGAUUCGAGAGAUCUCUACACCUCGUCCAAGUCGUCCCUUCGUGGGAAGACGUUCGGUGCGCGGUCCGCGUCGAAAGACGAACACCUCCACUCUCCUGAGUCUUCCAGCUACUACGAACGUCGAAAGUUCCCGAUGUCGGAGUCGGAAUUCGCCUCCGUGUUGCACCGAGAGGCGGAAGACGGCGGCGAGCAUGGGAAGCGUGUUGUCGGCCAACGUGCGACGAAACCUCCGAUCAAGUGGGACGACACUGGGCCAAACUUGUCAGAGUCAAGCGACGAUAGCGACGACGAACUCUCCGAAGACGAGUCCUGGGACGCGCACGUGAAGCAAAAGUGCGUUGCGGGCCCUUUCCGCGGACCCCCUCCGACCUCCACCACCCCCGCAUCCUCGAACAUGGCGACCACUCCUCGUGUCCCUGCUUUCAACAGCUGAGAAACAAAGGAAAGAAAAGAUACGCAAAAUUUUCAAUAAAACACCUCAAUUUGUCGCGAAUGACGAAGCCGGAACAAGAGAGGGAGAGCGAGAAACUGAAGAAAAAGUUUAGCAGUGUUGACGAACUCGAUUCGUAGUAAACAAAACAAGUUUUUUUUUUUUCGAACCCGGCGGAAUAGGAAAGGCAUAAUUUUAAUUUUUUCCAUAAAGAAGAAAAGCCCAAAAAAAAUAUAUGACGAUGAAAUUUAUUCUCAGAUUUGUGGGGUUUUCCCCUCUUCGGCGUCUGUUGUCACGUUCUCUCCGCUUUUGCAGAAGCGAAAUUCCAAGCUUUUUUUCUCGCCCAUACGCGUGUUUUUUCUUCCGUUGAAUUGAGGAAAACAGAAUGUUGAGUCCCUAGGAUUCGUUUCGAAUGCUGAUGAGCUCGAUUCUCGCUUUAAAAGGAAAGACGUUAACGAGAAGAAAAGACCUGAUUUUCCGAGAGAGAAAACGCGCCAUAUGUGUCAAGGUGGUUUCCUUUUGCUGAAAUCGUCAGAUGGUCUGGCGGGGUUUUUUUUUCUGUGGUGUCGAUUGCCAAUCGAACUUUCGUUGCCUGGUUUGUGUUUGUUGUACAGUGAAGCUGAUUUUUCCCUAUAACGAAAUAAUACGGUAGCUUCUUCUGCUGAAUGUUUCCCGAAGGAACGCAAAGUUUUUUUUUUGUAUGCCGUCGAGUUCAAAUUUAGCUGGAUUUUCAUGACCUCGCCCCUGAUUUGCCAGUACAGUGAAAAAAGGAGAAAAACGGGUUCAGUAAAAAAAAAGAAAGAGGAAAAGAAAAAGUCUGCAGUGUGUUGAGGGUGUGUCGUGUAAUGAUUGUAUAGUGUGGUCACUUGUUCGCUGCUACGUACGCUUUGAAGUGCACACACUAUGCCUCUCAGUACAUUUUUGUGGGUAUAGUCCAGGCAGGGGGACCUACUACUUCGUUCACUUGAUCAUUCUCAACUGCUCGCUAGCUCGACAUUGAUGCUCAUUAUCAAACUUAGCCUAGGAGAUAGAUUACGAAGGUACACUAUCGCGCUAAUUUUUUUUUUUCCUGUCUUGAAUCAUUCGUGUCAUCAUGCGUACUAUGACCAGUUUCGGGUCCCCUCUCAGGAGACUAUACCCUCACUUGACGCGUUUCGGAGUGGCGCUGCGCUGAAACUUCGACAUUCUGAUACCUCUUCCCCCCACCCCCCUCCCAAGUUUUAUAACCUGACGUGGCUGCU